AUGAAGUCAACCUGUCGAGCAGCUUUGGCUUCUCAUCAAUUUGGGCAUGUUGGAUUGACACAGUUCUGUGCUGGUAUGAAACCUCCCCCAGUUGCUAAAGAUGCAUACAAUAAGCAUCUAAUUAAAAUUGAGAAGGCUGCCAAAACCAGUGCCGAAGAAGUAAUGAAAGAUGCUGCCAAAAUGUUAUUCGGAAAGGUUAUGUCAGAAUGUCCGGAUGAUAUUGAAGAGGACGGCGAAGAUUUGAUUGCUCAUGUUUCUGUGCAAUAUGCAUUGCAGUUGACAUGCAGUUGACGGUACCUGGCAGAAAAGAGGUCACUCAUCAAAAAUCGGAGUGAUCUUUCUUAUCUCAGUUGCAACUGGGGAAAUCCUAAAUUAUGAAGAAAAAUCACUCUUCUGCCAUGAAUGUAAAGCUCAUAACAACCAAUAUCAUGAAGGCAAAGAGUUCCAAGAGAGGAAGAAGGCUCGUGAACCAAAAUGUGAAGUGAACCAUGUAGGAUCAUCUGAAGAGAUGGAAGCUGUGUCUGCUGUUGACAUAUUUAGCAGAAGUAUUGCAACAAGAAAAUUAAAGUAUACAACCUUUGUUGGUGAUGGAGACAGCAGUAGUUUUGGCCGGGUAAAGGAGGCACUGGAUAACAAGUUUGGUGCUGCUUAUGAAAUUAAGAAAGAGGAAUGUGUGGGGCAUGUUCAGAAGAGGCUUGGAAGUGGUUUGAGAAGGUAUAAGAAUGACAUGAAGGGAAAGAAACUUUUGGACGGUAAAUCGGUUGGAGGAAAAGGACGGUUGACAGACAAGGUGAUUGAUACAAUGCAAAACUAUUACGACAAGGCAAUUUGGGGAAACAAAGGAAAUCUGGAAGGGAUGAGGACCACCAUUAAAGCCAUUCAGCACCACAUGAUAAAGAAUGAUAAGCUAACACCAGAACAACAACACCAAUACUGUCCCAAAUCAUCUGAUACAUGGUGCAAGUACUGGAAGGACAAAGCUGACGGAACUAAGUUGUACAAUGAAGAUAACCAGUUACCUGAGGUUUUUAUGAAACAAUUGGACCCACUUUUUACAAGGCUAUCUAAUGAUGACCUCUUGAGGAGGUGUUUCAAAGGGAUGACCCAGAACCGGAACGAGGCAGCUAAUGGAGUGUUUUGGUCCAAGUGUCCGAAAACCAAGUUCUGUGGUGCAAGGCGUGUAGGUAUUGCAGUAUGA